CAACACCGUCACAAAGCGGAGCGCGAGACGGGCUCUCUGAGCGCGAGGCUCUCUGAGCGCGAGACGGACUCUGCGCGCGCCGCUCCGUGACACCGGGUUUGUUUGUGGUUACCGGGAUCAGGCUGAGCUCACACUUUAGGCGCACGCACCGGCACAUUGGGCAGGGCUGGUGUCACCCGUGACCGAGCCACUUGCAUGGAGGCAGCAUGGCCACGUUUGUAUGUAGGGUUCAGUUUUUGGACGAUACCGAUCCGUUCAACAGCACCAACUUCCCAGAACCGACCAGACCGCCUCUGUACACCUUCAGGGAGGAUAUUCCCCUCAUCAACCAGAUAGCAGGCGUGCACCGGCUGCUCAAAGCUCCACACAAGCUUGACGACUGUGCGCUGCAGCUGUCCCACAAUGGCACCUAUUUGGAUCUGGAGUCCUCUCUGGCUGAGCAGAGAGACGAGCUGGAGGGUUUUCAGCAGGAUGACACGGGGUCCAGAGGGAAGAAGCACAGUGUUAUUUUACGGACCCAGCUGACUGUCCGUGUGCACGCCUGCAUUGAAAAACUGUAUAACUCCAGUGGACGUGACUUGAGAAGAGCGCUGUUCUCUCUUAAGCAAAUCUUUCAGGAUGACAAAGACCUGGUCCAUGAGUUUGUGGUGGCUGAAGGUCUGACAUGUCUCAUCAAGGUGGGAGCAGAAGCUGACCAAAACUACCAAAACUACAUAUUAAGAGCUCUGGGGCAGAUCAUGCUGUACGUGGAUGGUAUGAACGGUGUUAUCGGACAUGUCGAGACGAUCCAGUGGUUAUACACUCUUGUUGGUUCAAAGUUCCGUCUGGUCGUGAAAACGGCUUUGAAGCUGUUGCUGGUUUUUGUGGAGUACUCUGAAUCCAACACUCCACUACUCAUACAGUCCAUCACCACGUUGGACAACAAGAGAGGCUGCAAACCCUGGUCUAAUGCUAUGGAGAUCCUGCAUGAGAAGGAUGGCGUGGACACAGAGCUGCUUGUUUACGCCAUGACCCUCAUCAACAAGACUCUUGCUGCACUGCCUGACCAGGAUUCUUUUUACGAUAUGGUGGAUUGCCUGGAGGAACAGGGAAUGGAGGCGGUGUCCAAACGGCACCUUGGAAGGAGGGGCACUGAUUUGGACUUGGUUGAGCAGCUCAACAUGUACGAGAUGACCCUACGGCAUGAAGACGGCGACGACGACAGCCAUCCUCCUCCAGUCGGACACCGGGAUCGCCGACGGGCAAGCCUCGGGAGCGGGGACAAGAAGUGUGGGCUCCAGAGGAGGCGGAGCCACAGGGCUUCUGUCGGCCGUUCUGGCUAUAAUUCCCCCUGCAGUCCCGCAUCUCCUCUGCGAGCUGGCUUCCAUCCCUUCAGUGAGCUGAGACCAGGCGACCUGAGUGACAGAGAGGAGGAAUGUGAGGAUGCAAUAGAGCAGGAUGAAGAGGAGGAAUAUGAGGACAUGUUAGAGGAGGAAGAGGAGGAGGAAGAAGAGGAGCAUUGGGAGCACGUGUUAGAGCAGAAGGAAGAGCAGGAGGAAGAGCAGGAGGAAGAGUGUCCACUAACUGAGUCUGAGUCGAAUGAGGAGGAGGAGGGGCCUGAUACAGAAUGUAGUCAGGCCACACCCAGCCCAGCAGGCUGUCCUCCAUCCGCAGCUCCCAGAAGAACCAUCUCGGCCAUCGCCAUUAUUUCAAGAAUGGAGGAGUGCGUCAAAGAGGAGGUGCACAGUUAUCGUCCGGAAUCACCUCCUUCACCUGUGCCGCACUCCCCUCCUGCUCCCACCUCGCCCCCUCCGGUCUUCUCCCCCGUCAGCCCGCCUGCCCAGCCGUCCCUGCUGGCCACUCUGCUGGCCAGGAAGAGGUCGGUUGUCACUGUUCCGGCUACCACAGAGGUCAGCCCGCCCUUGCGGGGCAGCUCUCAUCCCUCCCCUGACUACGUGCCUUACCUACCACACUCACCGUUCCACCUCUUCUCCUACGACUUCGAUGAGGAGCCAUCAUCUACGGUUCAGGUCAAACCCAGUGAUGACCCACUUCAAGCAACUUCUUCCAGGAACGGACGACUUUGUUCUUACUCUUCUGUCGGCAGUCCCACCAUGUCCACAAACUCCAAACCAGCUCUGGGAGGUCUUUUGUCCUCCUCCUACCGACAACACCAGGAGUCUCUUGCAGCUGAGCGAGAGCGCCGCCGUGUGGAGAGGGAGGAGAGGUUACAGCGGAUAGAACAAGAGGAGAGGAACAAACACAACCGGGACUUUGUGGAUAAGCUGGAGGAGGCUCGGCUUGCACGGGAGGAGAGGUAUAAGAACGUGGAGCGACAGGCAGCGGAGGAGUACGAGAGGGAGCACACUCGACUGCCGAGAAAUCGCCCCGACCUCAACCCCAGCUUCGACCCUGUGGAGGCCUGGCCUUCAUCAUCGCGCAGCAGCACCCCGUCCUCCUUUGCAUCCCAGGAGGAAGCAGACGCUGACCUUGAAACUGAGACUCCCGUCAACCCUUACUUACCUUCUGAGACAGCAGAGGCUGAUGAUUCCAGCUUAGAAAUACUCCAAAAAGCGGGAGAAGCUGCUGCUACCGAAGCAGAGGAAGAGAAGAAAGAGGAGGAAGAAGCGGAAGAAGCAGCACAGCAGGAAGCAGCAGCAGAAAAGGAGGAGGAGGAAACGGAGGAGUGUGAAGAAGAGGAAGCAGAGCAGGAGAGAGAGGAGGCACAGGAGGACAGUGGAAUCCUGAGUGACAAGGAGAGACAAAAUGAAGAAGUGAAUGAAAAGGACAACUGCUCCGCCUCCAGCAUCUCCUCCGCCAGCAGCACUCUGGAGAGAGAGGAGAAGGGCAGCAAUGACAACGGUCUUAAGGAGACUGAAGUGAAUGAUGAGAGCAGCAAACUCCUCAACAGCAAGCUCUUCAUGCUGGACAUGCUGUACUCUCAGACCAAGGAGCCCAGUGAUGAGGAAGAGAAGAAUGCAGAAAAGGAGGAAGAGAACAGAGUGGGUGAGGACCAAGAAAUCCACAAGGCGACCGAGGAGCCGUGCGAUUCCCAGGAGAGCGACAACAGAACUGAGAAAUCAGAGCACCGGGGAAGCAUUCGCCCAUUAGCUGAGCGGUUUGGAAACUUGAUCAAGGACCUCGGCUCACCUCACCCCCAGCUCCUGGAAGGCCCGGUUGCUGAGCCUCCGGCUGUCUCGCCGAAAAAGGAAUCGGAGACAAUCUGGGACCAGCUGCUGGCCAGCCCCCGAGACCUUCGCAUCAGAGAUAUGGACUUCACCGACCUGACAGAGGAGGAUGACGAUGACGUUCUGGAUGUCAUUUUGAUGAAAGGAUCUGGCGAUCUUCCGCUUCCACCGCCUCCUCCACCAUGCUUUCCUCCACCGCCACCAAUGCUAGGUAGUUUUCUACCACCUCCUCCCUUGGUAGGAAUUAUGAGGCCCCCACCACCCCCUUCUUUCCGGGCUCCAGCACCUCCUCCCACUGAUCCUCCUCUCUUCAGUAAAAAGAAAAAGACAAUCAGACUCUUCUGGAAUGAGAUCCGCCCAACAGAGUGCCAAUUCAAAGACUACAAACGGAGUGGAGACUCAUUUUGGUCAAAAGUGGAAACAGUAGCAUUGGACACGACCAAACUGGAACAUCUGUUUGAGUCAAAGUCAAAGGAGAUAGCAGUUACCAAGAAAGCAGCAACAGAUGGAAAGCGACAGGAAAUAAUCGUUUUGGAUUCUAAAAGGAGUAAUGCCAUCAACAUCGGCCUGACGGUUCUCCCGCCACCUCGCACCAUCAAGACAGCCAUCCUGAACUUUGAUGAAUACGCGCUCAACAAGGAGGGCAUAGAGAAAAUCCUGACGAUGAUCCCCACAGAAGAGGAGAAGCAAAAGAUCCAGGAGGCACAGCUGGCAAACCCCGAUGUCCCGCUGGGCUCGGCAGAGCAGUUCCUCCUCACGCUGUCGUCCAUCAGCGAGCUCUCCGCCAGACUGCACCUCUGGGCCUUCAAGAUGGACUACGAGGCAACUGAGAAGGAAGUAGCAGAGCCGCUACAGGAUCUGAAGGAGGGUAUGGAGCAGCUGGAGAAAAACCAAACUCUUCGCUGCAUUCUCUCCACGCUGCUGUCUGUUGGAAACUUCCUCAAUGGCACCAGUGCGAAGGGCUUUGAGCUGACAUACUUGACAAAGGUUCCAGAAGUGAAGGACACAGUCCAUAAGCAGUCUCUGCUUCAUCACACCUGCUCUAUUGUGGUGGAAAACUUCCCUCAGACCACAGAUCUGUACUCUGAGAUCGGUGCCAUCACUCGAUCUGCCAAAGUAGAUUUUGACCAGCUGCAGGAGAACCUGUUUCAGAUGGAGCGGCGCUGCAAAGCAUCAUGGGACCAUCUCAAAGUGAUAGCCAAACAUGAGAUGAAGCCCCAGCUGAAACAGAAAAUGUCGGACUUCCUCAAAGAUAGUGCUGAGAGGAUUAUCAUCCUCAAGAUUGUUCACCGCAGGAUCAUCAACAGAUUUCAUUCCUUCCUGCUGUAUCUUGGACAUCCAGCGCACAGAAUCAGAGACAUCAGCGUCCACAGAUUCAGUAAGAUCCUCAGCGAGUUUGCACUGGAGUACCGAACGACCCGAGACCGCGUGUUGCAGCAGAAACAGAAACGUGCCGAUCACCGCGAGCGCAACAAGACCCGAGGAAAGAUGAUCAUGGACGUCGAAGCUCCUUCUGAUGAUGAAGAAGACAGUGAGGGUUGUCAAUACAGUUCAGGUGGAAACAGCGGCGCCCCUAGUGGUAGUCAAGAUAUCGAGCAGCUGCAGGGGCUGGACCAUGCCGAGGACGCUGCAGAGCAUGAACACAUGAAAGCGGUGCUGAGAACCAGCCUCAGCAGCUCUGACAAGGAGUGCGGUGUCCCAGGAGUUAGGGCACGGACAAGAUCACGGCCGGGACGGGGAGGUCACAGCAUGCACGCACGAACACCUGCAGUGGACGACACUCCAAUCUGUGGAGAUGAAGCCGCAGAUGAGAUCAUGGAACGGAUAGUGAGAUCGGCCACUCAGGGUCCGGGACCCAGAGCCCAGCCGCGAGAAAGGAGGAGGUCCAGGGCCAACCGCAAAUCAUUGAGGAGGACUCUGAAGAACGGUCUGACCCCAGAAGAAGCUCACGCUUUGGGAUUGGUUGAUUCUUCUGAAGCACAGAUGUGAUUGUCCACCUGUUUUUACUGCCAUGGAGACACGCCUACAAACACUGAUGCAGUGUCAAGCCUGAUUCGUGUGUUUUUCUGCUAUGCCACCAAAAAAAAAAAAAAAGAA